AAGUCGUGAAGGUCUUCGACGGCAACAGCUCCCUUCAGCGCCGCAUGUUCCGCCAAGUGACGGUCUCGCGCGCAGCCUCCGUCAAGGAAUUCCUGACCGCUGCCAUGAGGGCCUUCCACGUGCCACAGGACACCACCAAGACCUACCUGACGGACGCCUACUCGGCCGAAGAAGUUGAACUCGAGGACCCUUUGCCUGUUACGAAACUCACGAAAAAGGACGGGAAGCGACCCGCCGUCUUCCUCAGAUACAGAGAAAAGGACAAUGACGAAGGGACCAUCCGCGUGUACCCCUCGCGGCUGGGGGCUGCUGUGACCAUCGAACACACGGGCAUCAACGUGACCUCGAACACCGUCGUCACGGAGGUCAUAGGUCAAGCGCUCAAGAAGUUCGGCCUUCCGGAGAGCAAGCCACAAGAUUACCGACUGGUGGAGGUCAUGCUGGACAAAGGAGUGUCGGAGCGGGUGAUGGAGAGCACCGAGCGCCCCUGGGAGCUUCUGAAGGCCGUGGGGCGCGACAGCAUCCGGCAGAUGGAGAUGACUCGCUUCUACCUGCAGCUGGUGAAGGACCCGCACGGCCCCAGCAUCGCCCUCUUCGUCGGAAACCUUCCCCCCAACCAGUCACAGCGACAAUACGAGAACAUUCUCACCGAUAUUUUGGGUAAAUCCGGUUACAAGUACUCAAGCAUCGGCCCCAUCUACUACGAAUACGGGUCAAUGGUCAUCACAUACGAGGACUCUGACCUGGCCGUGCGUGCCUUUUACACUCUCAGAGAGUCUAGUUAUGAGGACAAGAAUCUACUGGUGAUGUUGCUGCCGAACAUCCUCCCUCACAUGAUUUCCGAGGGCGUGCAGCCGCUCCUCGUCUUCGUCAACGUGAAGUCUGGAGGAUGUCAAGGCCUGGAGCUCAUUUCCUCCUUCAGGAAGCUGCUCAACCCGUAUCAGGUGUUCGACCUCGACAACGGCGGUCCUCUGCCAGGGCUGUACGUGUUCCGGCACGUGAAGAACUACAAGAUCCUGGUGUGCGGCGGCGACGGCACCAUCGGCUGGGUCCUGCAGUGCCUCGACAACGUCGGCCAGGAUUCGGAGUGCCAGUCUCCCGCCUGCGCCAUCGUGCCGCUGGGCACCGGCAACGACCUGGCUCGCGUCCUGCGCUGGGGCCCCGGCUACAACGGGGGCGAGGACCCCAUCAAUCUCCUGAAGGACGUGAUCGACGCGGAGAACGUGCGGCUCGACAGGUGGACCGUCGUAUUCCACGUGGACGAGAAGGUGGAGGACAAGCAGCCGCUCACCACCUCCAUAGCAGCGUCCACCAGCGAGGACAACACGCAGAUCUUCGUGAUGAACAAUUACUUCGGCAUCGGAAUCGAAGCCGAGCUGUGUCUGGACUUCCAUAACGCGAGGGAGGAAAACCCCAACAAAUUCAACAGCAGACUGCACAACAAGGGCGUCUACGUGAAGAUGGGUCUCCGCAAAAUGGUCUCCAGGAAGCUGUGCAAAGACCUGCACAAGGAGAUUCGCCUCGAGGUGGACGGUAAGCACGUGGAGCUUCCCCCGGUGGAGGGCAUCAUCAUCCUGAACAUCCUGUCGUGGGGCUCCGGGGCCAACCCCUGGGGGCCCGAGAAGGACGACCAGUUCAACAAGCCCAACCACUGGGACGGCCAUCUCGAGGUCGUCGGCGUCACGGGUAUCGUCCACCUCGGCCAGAUUCAGUCCGGUCUGCGGUCUGCCAUUCGCAUCGCUCAGGGAGGUCACAUCAGGAUCAAACUCAACUCGGAGCUCCCGGUGCAGGUGGACGGCGAGCCCUGGAACCAAGCGCCCGGCGAGGUGGUCGUGCUCAAGUCGGCGCUCAAGGCCACCAUGCUUAAGAAAACGUCAAAGUCAAAGCUGCGCCGACGGAACACCGAACCUUCCAUGGUGGCGAAGGAGAAGGAGCAGUCCAAGCUGCAGACCAUUCGGCCGGACCCGGCCUCCUCCUCGCAUCCUCUCUAGUCGCUCUGCGCCGCCGCUCUCACUUGCAUCGAAACCUUCUAGGGUCUCCCGGUCCUUCCUUGGUUCCCCUUCCUCCUUCCUCGCCCUUCCCUUUCUCAAGCAACGUCGUGUCGUUCACGCCCCGCCUCCCUCCUCCCCUUCCUGUCUUCCUUCCUCAAGCGAUCUCCAAAUACCAAAUAUGACUAGUCUUCCCUCACAGUCUCCCCCUUUCCCCCACCCCUUUAAGCCCCUCCCCCUCCCAUGUUCUUCGUCAUCGGCAUUAGCGUCACCACCGACAUCGCCAGAACGAGAUUACAAGGACGGCGCGGGCUAAGCCUUCGCCGCAGCUAGGAAUUCAAGAUUAUAGCAACGUUCACGAAACCGACUUGGAACUUCCACUGAGGCCCCGAGCAUCGUGGACACCGGCGACUGCAGCUCCGAGAAAGAGAAUCGAAGGAAAAUCUGCGACCAGGAGCAAGAGAUCGACACUUGGAGGACUGAGGAGCGAGCUGGUGAUCCGCGAUGUCUCUCGGUGGCCAGAGACUCAUCACCGGCUUUCACCUUCGAGACGCUGGCCUCAGGGCGUCCAGCGGAACUUUAUCGUGUGUUGGACGCAUGACCUACAAGUGAGGGUGUGAGACGGGGUUUCCGGGCCGCGAUGGGGACGCUGAGUGACAUUGCGAAGUAGAAAGAAGCAACUGCAAGCUCCUGCAAGGGUCGUGGCCGCGAGGAGACAUCGCCCGGAGCCCCUUAACUGGCUCUUGCACUACCUCACGCCAAGAGAAACGAAACGAAACUGAACCUCGUGAAAUGAAACUUCAACUGAACCUGAAUCUAAUCGCUUUUUGAAAGUUUAUUUCAAUGUUCGCAAGAGAGGUGUCCACAGCGCAAGUGUGUGUGCUCUGCCUCCAAACUGUUGAGAGACAAAUGCGACAUCAUGAAAAUAAGCUUUGAUAUCAUUCCAUUUUGGGCGGAAGGGCGCGUCGCCCGCCUGCCUUCCGGUGCCACAGUGUUGUGAGAGGCGUGACCGUGGUGCCAGUAACCGUGUCACGUGCCAAGAGGCGUUAACCCCAUUAUAUCUAGCGCCCGUAUAUCUAGUCUCUACGUGAAGACAAUGCACUAAAAUGCACAAACAACGUAUUUCCUGCUGUGUUUGUAUAACAUGUAGUCACGUCGGGUGUGAGUGUCCUGUCUUCAAGAAGUUGCGUUCAUCUCCUGUUGUAUCAUCGACGUCAGUGGUGUUGUUACUAGUGAGCUCAGAGUGUCACCGCAUGCCAAGGUGGACACCAAGCUUGUGCUGUGUGGCCUCGCCCCUCACACGCCCUCGCUGCACGCCCACGCCCCACGCCCGUCGCCGUGGCUGGGGAGGGGUCGGAGUGCGUGUUGAGGGGUUUGCGGGGGUCAUAUGGCUCCCCCCCCCACCCCCGCUUCUCUAUAGGUGUAGAAACUCUCAUUCUAUUCCAUGUUCUAUCGAUCAUUUUUCUGCCUCUUAUAUUGUGCGCUCUACUUUAUAUAACGUGCAAGAGGACAGGCAAGUCUUCGUGUCAUAUGGCACUGAACCCGACGCGUGACAAGUUUUACCCUAAACUCCUUUAAUGACGUAACACGGACGACGCUCGCACGGGAAUCCUGAAACCCUCAUGCUUCUGACAGCCUCAUGCCCUCCCACCCUUGACACAGGACCUCAUAACUGUGAAGACAACGAUCUGACUUGACCACGUGACACAGUUUUAGUGAAUCCUUCAACGUCUAGAUACAUAUCAGACAUAUAAACGUAUCAGUUGUAACAGCCGUAACACUUGACCCUGGACAGACCGAAAGACACUUGGCAUAAAAAGCUUUUUGUGAUAAAGAUACAAUUGGUAUUUCUGGUAAUCUAAUAUUUCUAAAUAUGUUUUACCUGACGUCCUUUCGUCAUUGUUUUCUCACUAUAUUCUCGCCUGCUGUGCUUUUAUUCACUCCGUCUCUUCGUUUCUUCAUUAACCUUCCAACCAUGACUUUUUCCAGCACAACUUUCCCAAGACGUUAAGGAACCUGACUGCCCAUAACCUCUCAACCUUCCACGACGGUUAAUCCAUUCUCUGUCACGUGACAGUGUUCUCUCGAGCUUACCUUAACUUUACGAUUCUUGCCUGCCUUCUGGUCUCACUUCCGGAGUUCUCGGGGACGCUAGUGUGGCGCUGGGACCAAGAGCCGCUCUUUUACAGUGCCAUAAUCAUAGUGCCAAGAGAAAUUGUGCCAAUCGUGUCAUUGCGGUGAAGCGAAGAGUCGGAUUUUUUUUUCUCAAGGAGGUUAUUGCAGUGGCGUAAGAACAGUGAAGGUCAGAUGUUAAAUCUGCAGUGCUUCAGUGUAGUUCGAGUUUAGGUACGUGUGGAUGUGUGUGUGAAGAGGCAGUAAGCUGAUGCGGAGUCGCGGACAGCGCCUACCGCACGCUGAGAGCAGGCGGGGGAAAGAGAGCGGAGAGUGAAAAAGAAAAAUAGGAAUAAGACUGAAAGGAAAGAAUGAAUGAAGGAAGGGCUGAAACGUCACGUGAAGAAUUUACAGAAUGAAAGCAGUAUGUUCAGUCGGUCAUAUCAAAGAGAAGAGAUAGAACUAAUUAGAUCUGUUACGCAAACUUAGGAACAAUAAUGAUGUGAGAGACUUUGGUGAUGUCAGUCUGGACAGAAAGAGAGAAGCAAGAGAUAACUGAUGAAUGCAAGGAAUGGUAGAAUCUCGAGGACAGUGAAAGAGAAGGUUCAAAGAGACGGAGAAAGACAGAGAAGAAAUCUCAGUGACAGGGAGACAUAGAGAAGCGGUGAGCUAUGGUGGGAGGAUGGGUUAGGAUACCAGGCGGUGGAGAUCACAAGGGUGCGGACAAACUGCGAGAAACGUGAGGGAGCGUAACAGAUUCUAAAGAUAUAGUAGCAAUAUAUAUACAUAUACAUACAUACAUACAUGCAUAUACAUAUAUAUAUAAAUAUAUAUAUACAUAUAUAUAUACAUAUAU